AUCGAUCUCACUUAUUCUGAUUCUGAACGGAAGAACGCACGGACGACACGAGGCGGUUGGACUGCAGAGCUGUACUAUCGUGGACUUCGCCGCCCUGAUCCGGAGGUAUAUUCAAACAUCACAGGGCUGUUUAUAUAAGUACCACGCUUCCGGGUGGGGUUUUCAUAUUGUUGUGAACAUUUCCUCUACUGUUCUUCUUUUGACGACGACAACGACGACGACGACGAGAGGUUUCUGCUAUGUCCACGACAUCGAUAACUCUGGCGACUCGACCGCUUGCGGCUCCGACGACCACUGCUUCAGCGACUGCGACGUCUGCAAUCACACCGUCGAGUGACCCGAUUGUUGUGCUAUACGUAAUGAUCUCGAUGGCCGUCGUUAUUUUCGGAUUCUGGAACGUCCCAGGGAUACGAAACUGUAUAAAUCCCUUGAAGCUAUUUACGAUUGGAUGGCAUGAGCUGUGCCAUAUUAUAAUCGCUAUAUUAACGGGCGGACGAAUAUUACGAAUCACGAUUGAUCCACAUGUCGGAGGUGCAACGAUCGUGGAAGGAGGGCGCCCAGCGUUUAUACUUUCCGCUGGGUAUAUUGGCUCGACAGUGUUUGGCGCUCUGUUCGUACUGGCUGGUUGGGACAUCCUCGUUGCAAAGAUCAUGAGUUUUGUCCUGGGUAUCGGCUUGAUCAUGCCUCUGAAACUUGUUCGGGAUAAAUUUACUAUAUUAUUGACGAUACUCUAUGAAGCUUUGCUCAUCGGAUUUUGGUUUAUUGACCAUGCAUCGGCCCUCCGUUGGUAUUGCCUAUUUGUUGGUAUCAUGAAUAUUUUUUAUGCCGUGUGGGAUGUUUCGGAUGACCGCUUCUUUCACAAAACUAACGACUCGGAUGCGACCCAGUUUUCUAUUCUAUUCCCCCGUAUAUCGCCUCAUAUAUGGGCGACGUUCUGGAUAUUUUUUGAGGCACUAGUCCUUGCCGGAGUUGCUGUAUUGGGGAUACUGGUUUUCAAGCGUACGUCAACCCAGAUGUACGACGAAGCUGCAAAAUUUCUGCCUACAUAGCGUUCUUUGCUAAGCGCAGCAUUCCUCUACUCAUAUAUUUUGUCGCAGCAAGUAACAUAUACUGGAUGAUCUAAGAUGGAUAUCACAGCAUAUACAAUGGGACUUGACUGACUUUUUGCACGUUAACUGACAUGUGUACACUGCUAUCUUGUCGCGCACUAAAUUAUUUCAAUUAACAGCUUUGGUCUGCAG